ACAGUGCUGUUUCUUUAUGCAAAAGGAUGGAAUUGGAGGGAAUCAGACAUGGUGUUGUUACUCUUAACAUCCUCAUUAAUUGCCUCUGCGGUUUAGGUGUUCUGAGUUUUGGAUUCUCUACCCUCGGAAAAAUGUUCAAGCUUGCUAUUGAACCUGACGUUAUAACAUUCAACACGCUGAUCAAUGGGCUUUGUGUCCAAGGAAAAUUUGCUGAAUCAGUGACAGUGUUUAAUGAGAUGGUUCGGGAUGGAUAUCAACCUGAUUCAGGGACUGUUGGAAAAACUGCUGAAGCUAUUCAGUUGCUGAAGAAGAUAGAACAAGGUGGCUUCCAGCCUAACGCUGUAGUAUGCAACACUGUCAUUGGCAGCCUUUCUGCCUUUGCAAGGAUAGGUUCAUCACUGAGGCAUUCAACCUCUUUGAAAUGAAUGAUAAAGGCAUCCUCCCUGAUGUUUUCACUUAUAAUUCAUUGAUUCAGGCUAUGUGUGAUUCACAAAAGUGGGAGGAGGUUAAAAUUUUAUUGAGUGAGAUGGGGGGUCAGGGUAUCAAACUAGAUGUUUACACUUUUUAUAUAUUGGUAGAUGCAUUCUCCAAGGAGGGUAUGGUGUCAGAUGCUCAGAAGCUGAUUGAAGAAAUGAUUAAGCAAGGCAUUGAGCCUGAUAUUUUCAUAUUUAAUGCAUUAAUUGAUGGAUAUUGUUUGCGUGGAGAAAUGGAUGAGGCAAGAAAAGUAUUUGAUUUGAUAAUUAACAAGGGAUAUGUUCCUGAUGUAUUUAGCAACAGCAUCAUGAUCAAUGGAUACUGUAAGGCUAGAAUGGUAGAUGAGGCUGUGAAGCUCUUUCAUGAGAUGUCUGACAGAGGUUUACCCCCAAUACUGUAACUUACAACACUCUUAUAAUGGGCAUGUGCCAGGUAGGAAGGCUUUGCACUGCACUUGAACUUUUUGA